AUGCAGCGCUGGGUCAGAGGAUGCGGGCCGGAGACCAGUUCCCAGGCGGUGUCCCUGGCCGAGGGCUUCCUCCUGAGUCGGGCAGAGGACAAGCGGCAGGCAGAGCAGUUUCAGAUGUGGGGGCCGUCUGUGAAGAUGGAAUUUCCAGCUUCUUUUGAGGACGUGGCCGUGUAUUUCACUGUGGCAGAGUGGGCCCUGCUGGAUCUGGACCAAAGAGCGCUCUACUGGGAAGUCAUGCUGGAGAACUAUGGGAUCGUGGCCUCUUUGGGGCUGGCCGCCGCCACUCAGGAGCCGUCGACCACCCCAGCCCCGACCACAACGGCACCUACCAGAGUUUGGAGCCGAUCAGGCGCGCUGUCACCACCUUCCCCGGGACCCGACGAGAUGCCUCCGAGGCGGCCGGGCAGUGCUACCAAAGGCACGGAUGUGCGAGACACUGCAGUGAAGACAGACGAAGGGCUGGAGAGUUUCUCAAGAGGAUCUCAGCAGAAUAUUUUCUUUCCAAGAGACGUCGAAGAGUCACUUGGGGAAUUUCAGGUAUUGUCACUGGAAAAAGCCAAGAAUGAACAGGCCAAAGGAAUCUUUGGGAAUAGAGAUGGACCAGAGAGGCAGGAAGUAACUGGUACGGUGAAGAGGGGGGCUGAGUCUAUUCCUUCCCACGAAGAAAACUUCCAUGAAAUCCCAGUCCACAGCUGUCUCCAAUGUACUCAUUUAGGAGUGAAGUCAUGUAUCUGCUCCACAAGUGGAAUGAGGUUCUCCAGUGGAACAAAGGGUAAUGUGUUUUUUCCAAAUGACAUUAUAAUGAAGGCAUGUAAAUGCUGUUACUGUGGAAAGUACUUCAAAUACCGAACACAGCUUCUUGUACACCAAAAAAUACACGCAGCACAGAAGCUUUUUGAAUGCUCUGAAUGUGGAAAGAAUUUCAGGAUGAAUUCCAGUCUACAAAAGCACCGAAGAACCCACUCAGGGGAGAAACCUUUUGAAUGCUCAGAGUGUGGAAAGAGAUUCAGGCAGAGUGGCCACCUUCAAAGGCACCAAAGAAUCCACACAGGGGAGAAACCUUUUGAAUGCUCAGAGUGUGGAAAGAGAUUCAGGCAGAGUGGCCACCUUCAAAGGCACCAAAGAAUCCACACAGGGGAGAAACCUUUUGAAUGCUCAGAGUGUGGAAAGAGAUUCAGGCAGAGUGGCCACCUUCAAAGGCACCAAAGAAUCCACACAGGGGAGAAACCUUUUGAAUGCUCAGAGUGUGGGAAGAGAUUCUCUCAGAGCUGCAGUCUUCAAAAGCAUCAAAGAACCCACACAGGAGAGAAACCUUUUGAAUGCUCACAGUGUGGAAAGAGAUUCAGUCGGCGUUUCAGUCUUCAACAACACCACAGAACCCACACAGGGGAGAAACCUUUUGAAUGCUCAGAGUGUGGAAAGAGAUUCCAUCAGCAUAGAAGUCUUCAACAACACCGAAGAACCCACACAGGGGAGAAACCUUUUGAAUGCUCAGAGUGUGGAAAGAGAUUCCAUCAGCAUAGAAGUCUUCAACAACACCGAAGAACCCACACAGGGGAGAAACCUUUUGAAUGCUCAGAGUGUGGAAGGAGAUUCAGUAGGAGUGACGAUCUUCAAGUGCACCGAAGAACCCACACAGGGGAGAAACCUUUUGAAUGCUUGGAGUGUGGAAAGAGAUUCUAUCAGCAUAGAAGUCUUCAAUAUCAUCAGAGAACCCACACAGGGGAGAAACCUUUUGAAUGCUCAGAGUGUGGAAAGAGAUUCAGUUGGCGUUUCAUUCUUCAACAACACCAAAGAACCCACACAGGGGAGAAACCUUUUGAAUGCUCAGAGUGUGGAAAGAGAUUGAGUACAAGUUACAAUCUUCAAAAGCAUCAAGGAACCCACACAGGGGAGAAACCUUUUGAAUGCUCAGAGUGUGGUAGGAGAUUCCGUCUGAGUUCCAGUCUUCAAUAUCAUCAAAAAACCCAUACAGGAGAGAAACCUUUUGAAUGCUCAGAGUGUGGAAAGAGAUUCAUUCGGCGUUUCAGUCUUCAAAACCAUCAAAGAACCCACACAGGGGAGAAACCUUUUUGUUGCUCAGAGUGUGGAAAGAGAUUCAGUCGGAGUUCCAGUCUUCAGGUGCACCAAAAAAAACACACAGGCGAGAAACUUUUUGAAUGUUCAGAGUGUGGAAAGAGAUUCAUUCAAAAUGCCACUCUUCAACUGCACCAAAGAAGCCACACCGGGGAGAAACCUUUUGAAUGCUCAGAGUGUGGAAAGAGAUUCAGUACAAGUGGCAGUCUUCAAAAGCACCAAAGAACCCACUCAGGUGAGAAACCUUUUGAAUGCUCAGAGUGUGGAAAGGGAUUCAGUACGAGUGGCAGUCUUCAAAAGCACCAAAGAACCCACUCAGGGGAGAAACCUUUUGAAUGCUCAGAGUGUGGAAAGAGAUUCAGACAGAAUUUCUGUCUUCAACUGCACCAAAGAACCCACACAGGGGAGAAACCUUUUGAAUGCUCAGAGUGUGGAAAGAGAUUCCAUCAGCAUGGUGCUCUUCAGUAUCAUCAAAAAACCCACACAGGGGAGAAACCUUUUGAAUGCUCAGAGUGUGGAAAGCGAUUCAUUCGGAAUACCACUCUUCAAGUGCACCAAAGAACCCACACAGGGGAGAAACCUUUUGAAUGCUCAGUUUGUAGAAAGAGAUUCAUUCGGAAUUCCACUCUUCAAGUGCACCAAAGAACCCACACAGGGGAGAAACCUUUUGAAUGCUCAGAGUGUGGAAAGGGAUUCAUUCGGAAUGCUACUCUUCAAAAGCAUCAAAGAACCCACACGGGCCCAGCAGAAUGA